AUGACUCCCAGACGCUUAUUAUUUCCUUCAAGUGAGGAUGAAUCGUCACCACAAUACAACUACUCCCCUUUAACUUGUACAGAACAAAUAGAAACAUCUCCACUCUUAGCCCUAAAACCAAAUAAUCCAUUACCAUCAAAAACUCGACGAACUCGUCCAUUUCUCGUGAAUAAAGAAAAUGUUCAUUCGACGAAUGAUAAUAGUAACCAUAUUGGACAACAACAGUCACGUUUAGAAGAAUUUGGAUUUCGUCAAAAUUUAAGAUGGCAAAUAUUUAUUGAUAAUCAUAACAAUAAUCAAAAAGGCUUUACUUCCAAACAAUCAACAUCUUCUAGUCAAAAGUCAACAAAACUGCCUGUUUUAAAGCCGAUCAAUGACGUCAGCCGAUUACCCUUGCUUGAUGAAUUUGAAAUUGAUACAACAUUAAAUACAUCAUUAACUACAAAAGCUACAUUUAAUAAAUCGAAGAAAACUACGGGAAAAACGAAACAGAAACAGCCACCUACAAUAGUUGUACCAGUUAGACAAGAAUUAAUUGCAUUUGAAGGUGAAAACUCAGAAGACAGUGGUUUUUUCAGUCAGGACACAUGUGAUGAAUUUUCAUCAUCUAUAAAGACAACAGUAACAGAAAAUGAACACGAUCGAAUGGAGAUUUCUACCUGUUCACCAUUUGCUUCUCUACCAAUGGAAAAAUUUGAUUCUGUAUCAUCUUGGGAAGAUGAAGACGAUUUGAUUAUUAUAGAAGAAAUAAACGAUGUCAUCAUUAAUAAAAAGAAACGUCUUGAACGAUCUAUAUCAUCGACAACAUUAACUGAUAAAGAAUUAAUAUCGAAACGACGAAAAACAGAUGAUCAUAGUGAGGACGAAAAAGAUUUAAAUUUAAAUAAACAUUCAAAUAAUGGACGUUCUCAUUAUAUGAUGCCACAUACUGAACAACAAGUCAUGGAGUCAGUCGAUAUUGGUUUACAACAACAUACUUACAUUGCUGAUCGUACAAAAUCCUAUUUACUUCCAACAUUACCAUUUGCAAAACAAGCAGAUCUUCCAUCGAUUACGGGCGAUACUAUUCGUGAUUUGUUAAAUAAUGUUUAUAGUUCUGAAAUUGAACGUUUCUAUAUAAUUGAUGCUCGUUAUCCAUACGAAUACGAAGGUGGUCAUAUAAUGACAGCUAGAAAUAUUUAUACAAAUGAAGGAAUUAUUGAACAAGUAUUAAAAACACCACAUAUUCCGGAUGAUCCAAAGAAACGUAUUAUUAUUAUUUUUCAUUGUGAAUAUUCAGCGGAACGAGGACCAAAAUUAUAUCGUUUUUUGCGUGAUCAGGAUCGUAAACUUCAUAUGCAUUGUUAUCCUCGUCUAUAUUAUCCGGAAUGUUAUUUACUUGAUCAAGGUUAUAGAAAAUUUUUUGCCGAUCAUAAAGAUUUAUGUACACCACAAUCAUAUCGUACAAUGUUAGACGAUCAAUUUCAAGAUCAAUGUCGACUCUAUCGAUCGGUUUCAAAACAGUCCGAAAAAACAACAGAUCAGCGUCGUACACGACUACGACAAUGUUUAUCGUUUGCACAUUUAAUUUGA